AUGUCAUCUGAAUAAAAAGAUUAUUUAUCUCUACUUUUUUAAAUAGGAGUAUUAAGUUUUACUUCAUAUGCAAGCUUUCAUUUGAUGAAAGUGUGCUCUAAAGAAGAUUAAAUACAUUAAGAAGAAAUGUAAAGAGUGAAAAAUGCUUUUAAUAAGAUCAGAGAAUAUGAACCAGAUGAGCUUAUUGAAAAAUUAAAUAACCUUUACAAAAAUGAAAAAAACCAGUAAAAAUAUAUCGACUGUGGUAAAUUUUUUGUGAAGGGCGUUAUAUCUUGCGAUGCCCCUAUCGUAUCUUAAUAGAAUUAAAGCAUCAAACUCGUUUAUUAGGAUUUAAGAAAAUAUGAUUUACUUGCUACUUUAUUAGAAAAGAGAGUAUUGUAGCAAUCUAAAUAGUAUAACUCUAGCAAAAAAAACUAUGUCAGCGUAUUUUAGCUUUAACCCUCAACUGGAAUUUUAGUAAACAGAAAUUCUAAUUUGUGCUUUGUAGAAAAUAUUAGAAAUUCUAAAUUUGGAAAAGUAAUUAACUUCAUAAGUACUCAAGAAAAUUCUUCUAUGAAUUCUAUUAACUUUGCUUCAUUAGGAAUAGGUAGUGUUAUUAAAGUAGGAUUUGAAAUAAAUGAACACGGUAUAAAGGUAGGCGAUAAAAUUACAGUUUAUGGAAAAGUAUUGUUUGAUAAAAUAAAUAAACUAAUAAAGUUUGAGAAUCCUUAACAUAUUCUCUAAGACAAAGAAGAAUAUAGCUAAUAUAUUGAUGAAGUAAGUCUAGCUGGUAUAGGAGUUUUUCUGUUUGGAGCUUUAACAAUAGCUCAAUUAAUAUUUUUAGGAAAUUCAAUCUUUGAAUUGGUUAAGAGAAAAGACUCAUAAAAAAAAUGA